GAGUUCUGCAACCUACCUGUUCAUGGGUCGGGGUAGCAUUCUACCUUUUCAAAAAGCCGUAAUGUAGUCUAUUCAGUCUGUAAAAAGGUUUCAGAAGCGUGAGAAUCUUCAUGAGGAAGACAUAACUGUAGACAUACGCCUCUGGCUACAGUGUCUGUUCUGCGGUUGCUGGCUAAAUUUGGCUAAAUGUUGAUUUCUGGCGAAGCUGCUUGAAAUCUCCAAAGACAGACCCACCUGCACGCGCGAUUACAGGAGUGCGCGCGCGGAGCUCGUAUUGUCCUGUUGCAAGGCAAUCCGCGCGCUACACAUUUCUUUCUCACAUCCUCUCUGCGUUCUACGUGAAGACAAACAAAGAGCGGUACAGGGGUGAAAGAACAACACAGCGAGGAAUAGUUAUCUUGCCGAGUCUUCAUAAUAGCGCCCCCUGCUGGAGACCUGUGGAAUGAGCAUAUGCGGCAGGAAGGCGCUGACGUUGCUGAGCAGCGUGUUCGCGGUGUGCGGCCUGGGGUUGCUGGGCAUCGCCGUGAGCACGGACUACUGGCUCUACCUGGAGGAGGGCGUCAUCCUGCCCCUCAACCAGAGCGCCGAGAUCAGGAUGUCCCUGCACUCCGGCCUCUGGAGGGUCUGCUUCCUGGCGGGGGAGGAGACAGGCCGCUGUUUCACCAUCGAGUAUGUGAUGCCCAUGAACGUCCAGAUGACCUCAGAGUCCACCGUCAGCGUGCUGAAGAUGAUCCGCUCGGCCACACCCUUUCCCCUGGUCAGCCUCUUCUUCAUGUUCAUCGGGUUUGUGCUGAACAACAUCGGACACAUCCGACCGCACCGCACGAUCCUGGCCUUCGUUUCCGGAAUCUUCUUCAUCCUCUCAGGUCUGUCCCUGGUCGUGGGCCUGGUGCUGUACAUAUCCAGCAUCAAUGACGAGAUGCUUAACAGGACCAAGAACAGCGAGGCCUACUUCAGCUAUAAGUACGGCUGGUCUUUCGCCUUCGCCGCCAUCUCCUUCCUGCUGACUGAGACGGCGGGCGUGAUGUCCGUCUACCUGUUCAUGAAGCGGUACACGGCGGAGGAGAUGUACCGGCCGCACCCCGGCUUCUACCGCCCCCGCCUCAGCAACUGCUCCGACUACUCGGGCCAGUUCCUGCACCCGGACGCCUGGGUCCGCGGCCGCAGCCCCUCCGACAUCUCCAGCGAGGCCUCCCUGCAGAUGAACUCCAACUACCCCGCCCUGCUCAAGUGCCCCGAGUACGACCAGAUGUCCUCCUCGCCCUGCUGAGCCCCCCCCCC